UGCACAUCUCUGCAUAAAGUUUGUUGCUUCUUCUAUGAUAUUUAAUGUCAAUCUUGAAUAAAGUUUGACUUUUGUCUUUUCUUCUAAUUGACAUAAUAAAUUGUCUCUUCAAUAUUACUUUAAACUGAUAUCUGGUGAGUACUAACACUUUUCAUGUAAUGCUAACAAUAAUUAAAGUGAAAAAUGCAAAGGGCAAUAACUCCAAAAGUAUGCAAAGAGUUAUGGUUCUUAAACACAGCACAUUACUCAAAAAGAUCUAUAUCUGUGAAGUUUCAAAUUAAUAUCUCCAGUACUUUUUAAGCUUAAUGAUCAAGACAAAAAUUAAGCAUAGAGAAGUAAAAAAUGGCAAUAAACCCCAAAUCAUGCAAUAAAAAGUUAUGGUUCCUUGGCAUUGUAACUUCUCAUAAAUGAGAUUUAGUUAUAUGUGGAGUUUAAAAUUAUUGUCUCUAACAUCUUUUGUGCUAUGCUUUCAGAGGCUUUAAAUCUAUUGUAAAAAUUAAUGUGUGAAAAGUAAAUAAGUCAUAAUGUCUGAUAAAUUUCUUACAAUCAGGAUAAGUAAAUACUAGCUAGUAAAUACUGCAUCCUCUAAGAUUUAACAACACAGCAUACAUCUCAGAUCUGAUAAAACUACUGCCCUCUUAUCUAGUAAUCUAUGAAUGGGGGUUAAUAGUUUACUCAUGCUGACCAGAAUGUUCCAUUUGAUUAUUUUGGGAGAGGCAACAUUAUACAUGUUUUUAUGUAGAAUUUGUCUUAAAAUAGCAUGCUAAAUUAUCUUUCAAAAGCUUAUUUCUACUCAAUCUAUUUAGGUAUUAGAUAUAGUUAUACAUUCAAAUGAAUGUAAAAAAUAAAAUGAUGGGUGCUAUGGUUUUUGGAAAAUCCCUCACAAUUUAAAAUUAUAAUGGACUGUCCAUGCAGUUACACCGUUGUAAAGUUUGAAUUCAAAGGAAUUGAGGUCAGUUAAAGCUUGCAAACACAAAGGAAAUUAUUGAUAUUGUAGCAAUUCUGGAGAUAUUUUGUUUAAAAUGUAAGGGUGCAUAUUUUUGAUUUCUCAAAGAAAACAUUUAAAGUCUUAUUAGUGUGGUAAAUAGAAAUGAGAAGUUUUAACUGAAGUGUGAAUGUGUAGACAAGAAGAUAAACAGCAGAAUCAUUCCCAGUCAAAGUUUCAGACACAAAGCAAUGAGGAGCAGCCUGGAGCAACACAUUUGAUCUUCAGUGGCUUUACAAAGGACCAAGUGAUGGCAGAACUGAAGCCAUAUGCCUCAAAAGAGAAAGGUACAGCAAAGCUCUUCAGAAUGCUAUUCAAUAUAGAAGAGAUUAAAGGCCGCUCAUUGUUUGGUAUGAGGAAAGGGAACAGAGAGUCUGACGCCAGACCUUCUUGUGCAGACAAGGCAAAACUUAAGUUCUUGGAAGAUUGUGCGCUCGAAAAGUUGCCGACAACCUAAAGGACUGAACUCAAACCGUCCAGGAAUAGCAAGAUAAACUGAAGAAAAUAAAUGGACUAAUGUUUUGCUAUUUUUUGAGACAAUAUAUAAUUUCAUAUGGAAACAUUAAAAAGGAUUAUUUUUAAAAUUUGUUUGUUUCCAAUUUAGGGUACAGGGUGACUUUCAAGCAGUUUCCAGCUAUUGCCACCCACAAGGUGAAAAAUUUCUGAAAGGGUGAAAAUAGGUGGCAUUUAGUGGAAACUGAAUUUGCCACUAUCUGGUGGCAAAAUGGUGGAAAAGUGUCUAAAUACUCCACCAAUUUUCCACCCUUAUGGUGGCAAAAGGUGGAAAUAAGUGGCAUUUGGUGGAAAAUAAGUUUGCCACUCAAUGGUGGCAUAAUGGUGGAAAUUUGUCUAAAUACUCCACCAAUUUUCCACCAUUAUGGUGGCAAUAAGUGGAAACAAGUGGCAUCUAGUGGAAAAUGAGUUUGCCACCCUAAGGUGGCAUAAUGGUGGCAUUAUGGUGAAAGUUUGUCUAAAUACUCCACCAAUUUUCCACUCAUUGGUGGCAUUUAGUGUAAAAAAGGUGGAAUUAACUGGAAAAUUAUAUAACAUCAGUCCUGCUCAAAUUUUUCACCAUUUUCAUGAUUUGGGUGGCGUUUUGGUGGCGUUUUGGUGGCAUUAUUGGUGGAAAAUUGUCUAAAUACUCCACCAUUGAAAAGGGUG